AUGUCCUCUGUUCAUGAUAAGAAAAGAAAUGAAGAACCUGCUGUAUGGUUUAAACAGCUGCAACCAGAAAACCGUCAGUUUCAGAAGGAGUUUGCUACUCCUAAGACCCCUCUCAAAAAAGAUGUUUAUACCUCUAUGGAGGUUAAUGAAGAGAUACCAGAAGGAAGACAAGAGGAUCGAUACGGACAACUGAAUGCUGAACAUGAAAUCCAUUCCAAACAGUACCACAGGUAUGAGGGUAAAGCUGAUAUUGACAGAAGGCUUCGAAGAGUUGAUAAAGAACCAAGGAUAUAUGAAAACAGACCUUAUAGGAUUGAAGAACACCACCCUAGUAAUAGAUGGCAUCCCAGAUUAACUGAUGAUGAUGAACUUUAUGGAAGAAGGCCACUGAGGUUUAAUUUUGCAGCAGAAAGAUCAAUGCCAAGGCAAAGAGAAGGAAGGCCAAUCGAUUAUACGGAGUACCCUGAAUAUGUUGUGCAGUCCCACAGAAGGAAUUCUGAACAAAGAUUGCCUAGAGAGAGUAAUCUGAAGGAAGCUUCAAUGGAAUAUGAAGAUAAUUACAGAGAAGGAUUCAGCAGAAGACCCCUUUCUGCAGCUUACAAAGCAGGUCCCCAGGUACACGAGAGUCACGAGACCAAUAAACGCUCCAAGUCUGCAGCCCCCAAAGAUGAUGGCAAUUUUGCAACAGGCUUACUGCUUGGUGGGUCAGAUAGAGAUAACAAUCUUGAAGACAGAAAAUCAAGAUACCGACAGGAACUGGUGAAGCAGAUGGAAGAACAACGAAGAAAUAAAAGACGGGAAAAAGAACUUGGACUUACAGUUGCAGCAUCUGGAGCCAUAGACCCCGAGAAAGAGCCUGAUAGACUAAAGCAGUUUGGUGCUAUAAAUCGUCAGACUAAAAUCCAAGAUCAGAAUAGUUUUCAGCACCCUGCAGGACGGGUCCUUGAGAAUGUUGGCAAACUACAUGAAGACAGGCCUCAUGUUCAAGAGAGAAUUCCACCUGAACGGCCCAGAGUAGCCUUCCAGACUCCUAUUCUUCAUGAGUUAGGUGUUGGAAUUGUUGAUACCGACAGUGGUGCCAUAUCUGCAGUCAAUGAGGAUUUUCACAGAGGAUUGUCUUCAACUCUUGGGGAAAUGGUAGCUCCAAGGCUAACCACUGUUCCUCCACCUCCGCCACCAGUUCUUUCAGAAAAUUAUCGAACUCCUUAUGAUGAUGCAUAUUAUUACUAUGGAGCUAGGAAUCCACUGGAUCCUAGUUUGCUAUAUUAUAGUCCUAAGGUCGAAGGAGCGCAUUCUGUGCCUUUUAUUGGUGUUAAUGCUGGACAGCUGUCAGAGAACUUGCCAAAGGACCAAGCACUUUAUUCAGCUAGACAGAAUAAUUCUGAUUCUGCACCAGGAAGCCAUGGUUUCUUCUCAGAUGAAAAACAAAGUCGUUCAAAAGAGGUGGCUCAGAAUUAUCAAGACAUCCUGAAACAACAGAUUAAAGAGAAAGAGGAAAAAAAGAAAAAAGAACGUGAAGAAAAGGAGCGAUAUGAAGCCAAACUAGAAGCUGAAAUGCGAAAUUAUAAUCCAUGGGGUAAAGGAGGUGGAGGAGCUCCUCUCAAAGAUGCCCAUGGAAAUUUGAUAACUGAUUUAAAGGUAAUGCACCAACAAAAUGAAAAUGCUUUCAAGAAUCCAGAUGCAAAAGCUUCACAAGAUAGGAGGGCAGUUGUAUCACUUGAUCUUAAUUUAGCUACACCUCGGAUUGAAAGCAACCCAUCACCUUCUGCAAAUAAAAUUUCAGGUUUUACAUUUGCUCAUACAUCUCCAUUUGCUCGAGGCAAUGUAUUCUCCGAACCACCUUCAGAGCAGCAGGUGAAUCAGCAGGAAACAUACAAAGAUUUCUUGCGCAUGCAGAUAGAAGAAAAGAGACUGAGGGAAGAACAAGAACGUGAAAAACUUAGGAUAGAAGAAGAAAAGGAAGAAAAGCGUUUAGCUGAACAGAGGGAAACGCUAAAGCGAGAAUACGAAGAAGAGCAAGAAAAAAAGAGAAGAAAAGAAGAGGAGCAAAGGCUAAAAAAUGAAGAGAUCAUGAAAUUAGCUGAGCAGAAGAGAAAAGAAGCUGAGAAGAAGCGAAGAGAAGAGGAAAUGAAGCAUGAUGAAGAACUUCGUCAUCAUCAUAAGCAGGAAAGGCUAGCAAAGUUACAGGAGGAGGAGGAAAAAAAAAUUAGAUCACCUUCUCCACCCAUUCCCACACACAGAAAGAAAGCUAUCUCAAGGAUGCAAAGACCUCCAUCUACAGACAGCUAUCAGUCAGUUCCUGUAUCGGAUUCCUCACAGUCAAGAUCACAGUCUCCUCCAGUCCCUGCAAGAAGGAAUCAGUUGCGUGCACAUGAAGAAAAGAAGGAUGUGAUCAGUGAAUUAUCAGAACUGAGAAAACAGCUCAGAAGUGAGCAACAGCGACUAGAAGGCAAGCUUAUGGAUCAGGAAAGAGAGGAUACCGACUCUCCAUUUAUUAUGUCCAGGAGGAAAGAAAAAAAUGCAGAUGUAUUUGAUAUGGCUAGAUUUCGCAUACAAGCUCCAGUUAGAAGGCCUUCAGCCAAAGGAAUGAAAACUACUAACAUUCAAAAUAUUCGGGAAUUUAAUGAACUUAAAUAUAGAGAUACAGAAACACGGGAAGAAAUGAGACAAGCUUAUCCAGACCCUCCAAACAAUGAUGAAACACUAGAGAUUCAACAACAGGCCAUGUUAAGAGAGCAGCAGAAGAAACUCAACCGACUUCAGAAGAGAAGAGGUGGUCUAAGAGCAGAUCAUGAAGUUGAUGUAUUGAAUAUGAACCCUCACAGUACUAAACUGACGAUGACUAGCUGUUUUAACUUUAUAGGAACAAAUGGAGAGACCUUUCCUGUUGCAAACCUAGAGGCAACCACCAACCUACAGACUACUGCAAGGGAACGAAGGAAAAAUAAGACAAAAACUCUGGAUUUUCAUUUUGUACAUCAUGACACCGCCUCAAAUCAUUCACUAGUACAAAACCCAGAAAACAUCUCUCUGUACUCUAGUUUAAACGUGGAUCAGUUAAGAACAAGAAAUGAGCAGCGAAUGAAAAGACUGGAUGAUCUAAACCAGAAUUCUACAGGGGAUGAUUUCUCUCUAGCAGAUGAAGACCUCCAUAAUCAGUUUACUCCUUCUCCUGUUCCUCUUUUAAAGAGUGAAAGACCAGACUCUGUAGAAACAGUAGCAACAGAUCUCUGGCUGCGCACUGGAUCAUCAGACACAUUAAAAAGGUUUAUAGCUGGACAGUCGAAACAUGAGAAUUCUUCUGGGAAUACACUAACCUUUAACUGGCAGGGAAUGUCAACAGUCCAUGGCUGACCUUUUCUAAAGCAGUUCCAUUUGUGCCUUUUAACUCUGCUAGAGACCUAAUCACUGUAGCACUUUUCUGUAUUUAUGUAAAUGGUAUCUGAUUUUUUUCUGUUACAUAAUGCACUGUUAAAGUGAGUUUUCAGGAAAAUUACCUUUGCACUGUACUGGUUUUACUUGACUGAUAUGUGCAGCUCUUUACACCAUCCUUGAAAACCAUGUAGUUUGUAAUUUUUAACCAAAAUGACACAAGCGCCACAGCAAAAUAUACAUUAGACCAUUAACCAGGCUCACUCAGUUUUCUAGUGUGACAAAUUGCAGUACUGUACUGGCAGGUAGUGGGAUAGUAACAAUGUAGCAUACCAUUCAUUCCACUUUUAGAUGCCUACCCCAAACCUAAAAUAGUUGUUCCAGUAAAUCAAGUAAUUUAGUAGUAGUAUGAUACCAUUAUGAUAGAAUAUCUAAAAUUGCUGUACAGUGGAUCAGACUGUCAGAAAAUAGGUUUGAGUAUUGACAGCUUGUAUUAUUCAUCUGAAGUGGCUUUUCAUCUCUUUUCAUGGUCAUGCCCGUACAAAAUCAAUCUUUGACAUAAUAUAUUUUUGAUUGAAAUUCAACUAACCUUUGCAUUAAUAAUCUUGAAUAAUUUUGGAAUUCUAAACAAGCAAGUCAGAUUUAGUCGGUUUGAUUGCUUCUGCCACCUUUUUUCCCUUCUUACAUUUUGACAGUUGUGAGCUAUUUUAGAAUCAUACAGGCAUUUAUCUUGCCAAGAGGUGAGGACUGUGUGUCUCACCUAGUCCAUUUCCUUCCCAUACCAAACCUCAUCCCACUCAUCUUUAUCUUGCCAUUUUUGCCUCCCUUUUAACAUAAGGUAUUAUGAUUUUCUUUCAAGGCAUUGCUUUUGCAUCCAACAUCUCUGCAUAAAUAUAUUGCCAGGUAUUCCACACUUUUUAGUAAAGAAGUAGAUUUUCAAAUGUAUUCUGAAUUUACCCUCCUGAAAUGUAUUUGUAUGUUGUUCCCUUGCUGUUGUGCAUUCUUUUAAUUUAUAACUGCCACUUUCUAAUAAUUUACUCUUGUGAGGUAUGUACAAGUCUGUCAUACAAUUAAUGUUAUUCAUUCGUUCAUUUUCAGUUAGCGACUUAAUCCAUUUCAAAUUUAGAGGAGUUAGGGGUCAACAGGUCUUGAGUCCGGUGCCAGUAUGUUGCGAGAUGUACAUAGACACUCACAUCUUUGGGAUUUGAUAAGAAACCAGAGCACCCUGCAAAAAAAACAUGGAUACAAGGAGGAUGUGUCAUCUCCCUGCGGAAGGCACCCACCUGAGAAUUGGGCCAGAUAACCAAGCAUUAUGAUGCAAAGAUGCCAGCUAGUGUGUGUGUGUGUGUGUGUGUCUUUUGGCUUUUCCCGGUUAGGGGUCGCCACAGCGGAACUCCGGUCCG